AUGUCUGAACAAAUUGAAAGAGCUUAUCAAAAGCAAGUCGGCAUCUUCCAAAAUCACAAGGUCGUCAAAAAAACCAAAUCCAGGAAAAAGAGGAUCCCCUGGUAUAAGGAAGUGGGUCUUGGCUUUAAGACACCGAAAGAGGCCAUCGAAGGUCACUACGUGGAUAAAAAAUGUCCCUGGAGAGGUAUGGUGUCUAUUCGUGGUCGCAUCCUGACCGGUGUGGUGGUGUCCACAAAAAUGAAAAGGACCAUCGUUGUUCGUCGUGAAUAUCUGCACUACAUCACGAAGUACAAUCGUUACGAAAAACGUCACAAGAAUUUGGCGGCUCAUCUUUCGCCAGCUUUCAUCGGCGUGCAGCCAGGUGAUACCGUGACAACUGUUCGCUUUAAUGUCCUUAAGGUUCAGAAGAAGGUGCAAAAGGGAUCAAAACAAUUCGAGAAGUAUGCCUUGAAUUUCAAUAGGUUUAAUUAUUCUAUGCAAUCCGUUAUUUGA